AUGCGGCCUCCUGCCCUCAAUCUUAAGAAUUUUAGAAUCAAGAAAGUUUUCACCAACAAUAUCAAUGAUGCCGAUGCAAGCUAUGCCUCAGGCAGCGAGCAAAGCUCUUUGGAGUUGGAAUUCGGUGGUCUCUCCCCAGCUAGACUGGCGAUGUUCAACCUCGAGGACCCUCUACCAUCACCAAUUUUGGAGCGCCCCCUGCGCAUCAGAAGCCCUAUCAGAAAUGCUUUCUCCAAAGGAUCUGCCUUCCUUCCUAUGACUCCCGACUCCACUCGUAUUGAAUCAGAAGCUCCUUCUCUCUACUCUGGACCACCAUUGGUUAUGAACCCCGACGGCAGCGUCCAAUCUCCUCAUCGAAAACCCGAUCUAAUCAUCAAAGGCGGUAUCAAGAAAGUUUGCAUCACGGAACUUGAUUUAAUAGACUUGUACUUCGUCUUGCCCCCAUUCAAGCCCCUCAAGAGAGUACUCUACACUAUUCCGGAGGAGCCUGAGGAAGAAGAAAUGGUUGAAUCUAAAGGAAAAGGGAAGGGCUUGGCCAAAGAUGAUGAAGACUUUCAAACAGUCCCAACUUCUAUUCUCAAACCACGUUUGAAGCAUCGCGGAUUUGUGGUGGCUGAUGGUGAAGAUGUUGGAGAAGCUUUACAACUUUGGGUUGGAAAUGAAGAAAAGCCUGAAAUCAAGAGUGGAGUAGUAGAUGAAUGCCAUGCAAACAAUAUUUCUUACUCUUCUGAAUAUGGUGAAUCAUCUGUUGGGUCCUCUAUGUGGCGAAAUACUUGGUAG